AUGGCAUUUGUUUCACCAGUUCCUUUGCCCACUUUAUUGGGAAAUGUCAAAACCUCAACAUGCCUCCACAAAAGAACAACGCCACUUCGCAACCAGCUGUUUCAAAGAUCCUACGUCCGCAUCUCUCGUUCUCCUCGCGCAACCGCCACGAAUGAGACGGAUGCCAAACAAGCGAAGAGCAAAGACCUCGCUCUCACCCCACCGCCUUCCACCUUUUACCAGGCUAUCACGCAAGCACAAGGUGCCGUCGACGCUGCCCUCGCCGAUGGGCACAAGCUUCUCGAAGUUGAGUUCCCGCCGUUGCCCACCGCCGACCUGGAGAGCGCCGCUGUCGGCGCGUAUGACGUGUCGGACGCGAACGUCCGCCUCGCCGUCGACUUUGCGAAGAAGUACGCAAGGGAGGGCACCAGGGUCUCCAUCUGCUUUCCGGACUUGGUCGAGAAGGAUCGCGCGGUUGAACAGAACAAUGAGAGUGAGGAGCCUAUUAACGGCAUCCGCUUCGGGUCUCUGCGCGACGCGCGCAAGGGCUCCAUUCUUGAGCGCAUUUGGACAAAGCCGGAGCUGGAUAUCGCUGUGAGGGAGGACGACGACUUCUUCGUUGUGCUGGGCGCUUCAUGUCAAGAGCUGCCCGACGUUGAGAAGCUCGUCGCUUUGGCGGGCGAUCGCCCCGUUGUGCUUUUCAACUUAAAGCUGGACACAUCGAGAGGGGAUCUCGGGCUGCCGGCCUUUCCGCGGAAGGACUUGCAUUACCGUUUUUUGAGCAAAGUGCUACCGGUGUACUAUUUGCGGACGAGGACAUAUUCGCGUUCGAUGAACAGGGCGCCAUAUAUAGUAAACUAUUCUGGCGCAUUGUACAAGGUUUAUCCGGGGGCUUACCAAGUGCUCCUGGAUACAAAAGAGGGCAACUACAAGAGGUUGACAGUGCUAGAAGAGAGACCACCGCUGGGCCGUGUGAGGGAUAUUUUGACGGAUGGGUUGAGUAUUGAUGGCGUGAAAGGGAAGGAUGGUUCUAUGUUGUAUAAGGGCUACAAGUCGGAGACGUGGUGGGAACGGGACCGAGAAAAGGCUUUGUCAAACAAAUGGAGAUCGUAAUUAAAAGCAGAUUCGUGUGGUA